GUAACAGACAGAUUCUUUAGUCUGCAUGUGCUCUUCUGCUCUCUUUGUUUUUUUCCACAAAGUCUACUUCUUCUUGUCCGAUUCUGCACUCUAUCUCACUAAAAGUCGAACAUAAAUAGACAAAUUUGAUUAAAGAAAAAGGCCACGAAAUUUUCAACUUUCAACCGGCCCCUCUUCAAUUCUUCCAAUAUGUCUGUUCCACAAGCACCAAAAAGGUCAGAUUCUUUAACUACUUGGUUCUUUACCUAUACAAAGCUAAGGUUCUUCAGUCGCAUGCGGCGGCUCCUCCACCUCAAGGCCGCCAAGAAGCAAUACAAACCGCCAGAAAUAGUCGAGAAGCCUGUAGAUACAGAUAUACAUACAGAGGCAAAUAUGAAGGGAAAGAGUGAUUGGGUGGUGAUUUUGCAAAGGUCUGUGAAGAGGCUACACUUUGGAAGCUGGGAAGAGAAGGAGGUGGCGGCGGAAGAUAUAAAAAGACUGGCGAAAGAGGACUUGAAGUGGAGGAAAACCAUGGCGGAACUCGGUGUUAUACCGCCGCUGGUGGCCAUGUUUGGUUCACAAGUGGUGGCGCGUCAAAGAUUAGCUGUUCAAACGUUAAUUGAGCUUGCUUACGGCUCUUUCACGAACAAGGCUCUGAUGGUGGAGGCAGGAAUCUUAUCAAAAUUACCUGAAAAUGAGGAUGUCUUAGGUGAACCGGCUAUGCAAGAAUUUUCACAGCUCCUCUUGUCUAUAUCUGCAGCCUUGGCCAACAGCAAUUUCUCUCUGUCCUCAUCAAGAGUUAUCCCCUUUAUAAUUCACAUUUUGGAUUCAAGUUCAAGUACUAUUCAGACAAAAGAUACAUGUUUGACAACAUUGUACAAUCUUUCCUCAGUCCUAGACAAUGCUACAACUUUGGCUACAAGUGGGAUGGUCAACAUUCUCUUGAGGCUGUCUACACUUAAAGAAGCAUCAGAAAAAGCCCUUGCAGUCUUGGGAAACUUGUCUAUAACCUUAACAGGAGAGAAGGCGCUAGAAAGUGAUCCAAUGGUACCCGAAGGAUUAAUCGAGAUUAUGACAUGGGACGAGAGGCCGAAAUGCCAAGAAUUAUCUGCUUAUGUAUUGAUGAUUUUAGCCCAUAGAAGCUCACUCCAAAGGCAGAAAAUGACCAAGGCUGGAAUUGUGCCUGUCCUCCUUGAAGUGGCCUUAUUGGGUACUCCCUUGACUCAGAAAAGAGCAUUAAAAAUAUUGCAAUGGUUUAAAAGUGAAAGACAAAUGAAAAUGGGGCCUCAUUCAGGGCCACAGGAUGGGAGAAUAUCCCAGGGAUCCCCAGUAAAUCCAAAGGAGAUUGAUGAAGGGAAGAAAUUAAUGAAGAAAAUUGUGAAACAAAGCCUAUAUAAAAAUAUGGAAACAAUCACUCGUCGUGCCACUGGCGAAGGGGAUUCUUCUAAGCUUAAGUCUUUGGUAAUUAGUUCAAGUUCUAAGAGUUUGCCUUACUGAUUUAAUGGUACGUGAAGACGAUCCUAGUCAAACACUAAGGGCGAUGGAACACCCUUCAUGGUGCUUUCCUUUUAUUGGAGUACCUAUGAUCUAUCAAAGUCGAUGAAAUGUACAAAGCCAAUAUUUUGACACGAGGAAACUCCAAGGGAAAACAAUGAUUUGCCACCUCUUUAGAUUGCACCACUUGUGCAAGUUGCAACACUAUAUUUUGUCGUAUAUUGUGGAAUAUAAAUCUUUUGUUUUUAAUUUCUUGGAAGGUAAAUUCUCACAUUUGUUUUAUGGUGAUUUUUUAUAACUAAUAAUUGUAACUUACCUUGUAAAAAAAUAAAUUAAAUAAAAUCUUCGAACU